AAGUAGUAUGACAGAAUUCAAUAUUCAUUAUAAUAAUAUGAUGAGAGAAUCAGGAUCAGAUACAAUGCUAAGAGAAAAUGCAAUAGAUCAUUAUUUAAAUAGAAUACCAUCUUGGAUAGAAAAAGAAUGUAGAAGAUGGAUAACCACGAAAGAAAUAGCAGGAGAAAACACACCCUUACAAGGAAACAAUAACUCAGUACAAGCAUAUGCAGUAAUAAUGUCUUCACAAUUAAAUAGACAAUCAGGAGAAUUUAGUUCUAGAACAAAAGAAACGAGAUAUUUCGAUAGAAAAAGUUAUAAUGAAUUAGAAGAAAAAAUGGAAGAAUUACAAAAAGAAUGUGAACGAUUAAAAAUAGAAGCAUAUCAAGUAAAAGGAUUUACUUCAAAAGGAAGUAGUAGAGAUUACUGGACAGGAGAAAUAAUAGAUCCAAAAACAGAAGAAUUUUCAUUCUCAAAAAGAAAUGAAAGAAAACCGAGAAAUAGAACCCCAAAUGAUUUUUCAAGAAAAGAAAGAAAUUAUUAUCAGAACUAUCAAAAUAAACGAAGAGGAAAAGGAAAAAGAAUUUCAUGGAAAGAAAUAAGCGAAAUGGAAGAAUUAGAUUCUGAAUCUGAACCAGAAGGAAUUUAUAU